AUGUGCCGAUUGGAGCCUUUUCUGCAGCGGUCCUUGGUGGUCCUCUUUCUGCUGGGCUCGGCAGGAGCCUGCGUUCCUCGUAAAGUUGCAAUUGAAGAAAAAACAUCUGUUCUGUUUUCUUCCUCAGGGCUAAUGAGCAGACUGAGCCCAGAUGGUUUCAGACAAAACAUCAUUUCCUCUUCCAAGACGAGUCAGGGGUCCCCGACAUCCAAGGUCUCUCGGUCCUUGGCUCUGGCUCUGCGGGUUGAGCGAGAGAUCCUGCCGCCUGAUUCUGGGGUGGGUCUCUGCUGGGGCCUGCCCGAGGUCAUUAACACCCCCUCCUCUCUGGUUCUUGCUGCUGGUGGUUCCCAUCAACUCCACCUGUCCGCGGUGCUCACGUCUCUACAGAAGCUCAUGCGGGUGGGGCUGCGUAGUGCUGUAAGGGCCGAGUUUCUAGAACAGAGGGCCGGUCAUCCUCACUGUGAGUCAUUCCCAGGGUCCUCUCCAGUGAAGCCUCCCCCAGCCACUCUCACCCCCAAGAGACUCAUGAGGAAGAACGGAUGGAACUUUCUGAACUGUGCCUACAUGGUGAUGACAUUCUUAUUCGUGUCCUGCGACAAAGGAGACUGA